GCUAUCACCUUUUCAGUGCUUCGCAGUUCAUCCUCUACUCCUCUAGGGUUAAUAAAUUCCAAAUCGAAGCGAACAGGAAUACUACAGGAUAAGCUUCCCAUCCUGCCGAAUUCCAGCUCAUGAGUUCGGUUUCAUCCCGACCGAAACUGCAAGACCCUCUUCUCUUCCCCUGCGGUCCGCGGACAGUCCAACCCGAAUCAGGCAGAGGCAACGAGGCAUUAGCGCCCACCUCUCCAUCUCUCUCUCUCUCUCUCUCUCUCUCUCUCUCUCUCUCUCUCCCUCCCUCCCUCCUCGAGCGGCUCGCGGGGGCGAUCGGCGAUGGGGGGAUGCUGCUGCUGCUUCCUCGCUCACAAGCCGCCGCGGGAGAACCCGAUGCACUCGUCCCGGGAGCCGCUCAUCUGGAGCGGAUCGGGCGCUGCCGGCCACCACCACCACCCGGCUCAGAUGGUCACCUACAGCGAGGGGUUGGGUGCUGCGGAGAGAUUGAGGGCUGGGUUCAGGACGUUUAAGAGGACUAUUUAUGAUAAGAACCCCAUGCUGUUCGGGCCGCUCAAGUCUGCUCAGUCCCCAAAGUACAUGGUGUUUGCGUGCUCUGACUCUCGUGUAUGCCCAUCAGUGAUCCUCGACCUGAAACCAGGAGAUGCCUUUACUGUCCGUAACAUUGCCGGCCUUGUUCCGGCCUACCAUCAGAAUAUGCACUCCAGCGUUGCUUCAGCCAUUGAGUUUGCUGUGACCAUCCUCAAGGUUAAGUGCAUUGUGGUUAUUGGUCACAGCUGCUGUGGUGGAAUCAGGGAACUCCUCUCUCUGAAGGAAGAUAGACCUCAAACCUACCACUUCAUUGACAAUUGGGUCAAGAUCGGUCUGGCUAUCAAGAAAAAGGUGGAGCGAGAACAUGCCUUAUUGUCUUUUGAUGACCAAUGCACCAUGUUGGAAAUUGAGGCCGUCAAUUUGUCCCUUAGAAACCUGACGACCUACCCAUUCGUCAAGGACAAAUUGGGCAAGGGAACGCUCAAGCUGAUUGGUGCUCGCUACGACUUUGUCCAUGGCAGCUUCCAGACGUGGCAUGCCUGACAGCUGAGGUUAUGAAAAUGGCGCCAAUGUGUGUUGUAUAUAAAGAGUUAUCGACGUGGCAUUGCUCAGUUUGCAUGCAAAGGUGUUCUUUGUUUCAAGUUGAACAGCAAGUACAAGGGGGUGCGAUUCUAAUGUGCUGUGUGCACUCCAUACUUUGUAUUACGGGUGUAGAAAAAUAUUUCUACUCACGCUGGAGAUGAAAACUUGGCCCCGGUGUGCAGUUUUUAAUGGAUUCGGAACGUGUCUGAUUAAAGCUUGAUCUAUUUUUAGGGAAACUUUCAGGCCAGUCCCUGUUAUUCUGGAGAA